AGGUCUUCAAUUCCACAAAAUUGAAGCAAGAUCGAUAGAUAGAGAUAAAACUCGGAGAGAAAGGGUACUAGUACGUACCUGCAGGCUGCAGCAACCUCGAAGCUAGUUCAAACUAGUGGGAGGUUGUGUGCAUAGAAGCACAAACAAAUUACAGAAAAAGUCAUCAUCAUACUCAGAAUUAAUACAAAUUAAGCAUUGAUCUUGAAUUAAUGGCUCGCGGAAAGGUUCAGCUGAAGCGAAUUGAGAACCCUGUGCACAGGCAAGUUACCUUCUGCAAGCGCCGAGCUGGGCUUCUUAAGAAGGCUAAGGAGCUCUCUGUGCUGUGCGAUGCUGAAAUUGGCCUUUUCAUUUUCUCCGCCCAUGGAAAGCUCUAUGAACUAGCCACCAAAGGAACCAUGCAAGGGCUCAUUGAGAGGUACAUGAAGUUCACACGAGGGGCUCAGCCUGAAGCAGCAGCACCUGAAGCACAUCCUCUUCUGGAAAUGCCGUUACAGGAUGCCCAUAAAACAAUUAAUGGAGAGUUAAAGGUUGCUAAAGAGGAAACUAACGCGCUAAAACAAGAAAUCCAAACAUUGCAAAAGGGUAUCAGUUAUUUGUUUGAAGGAGGAAAUAAGACUAUGGCAAUUGAUGAAUUACAACUGCUAGAGAAGAAUCUCGAAACUUGGAUAUAUCAUAUUCGUUCAAUGAAGAUGAACAUUAUGUUACAAGAAAUUCAAGCUUUGAAAGAUAAGGAGGGAACACUUAAAGCGGCAAAUAAAUAUCUCCAUGACAAGAUUGUGGAGAAUACUGCGAUUUCUAACUUUGCUGAAUUUGCUACUGAUACUUCUUACCCACUAAUUGUACAAGAUGGGGGUUUUCAACUCUAUUAAAUGGGUUGUUUCUACAAUGUUUUGUUUACAUGCUUUAAUAAAGGAAAUAAUGGCGACUGGGCUGUGUUUCAUAACAUUAAAUAGUGAAGUAUGAAGCAUGAACGUUGCACAAGCCUAAUUUACAAUAAUUUGUAACAUUAAUAUUGUGUUAUUCUAAUAUUUUUAUAGAUAAGCUUGUAAUGUAAAAGUCAGAAAAGUGUGAUUUCUGACCAUUAAAUUUUCUCUUGUCAUUAACCAAUAAUGUAAAAUAUUGUGCGAGUAACAAUGACUCAAUGAUGAGGAUAUUAUGUAUUGUAUGUAAUAUGUUUGUAUAAUGUUUUA